UGAUCUUCUGCGUUUGACCGAUUAUUUUUAAAUUAUAAAUCAAAACCGGAGCAGCCUGGACCUGCGGCCCGGUUCUGGAAACUACCCCUGGCUGCAGUGUGUGGACUGAAGUGUAACACCAAAUGAACCGUUUGAAGAGUAAAACUGCCACAUGGUUUAUGAAGGUUUGCACUGAAGACUAGACAUGUUAAUUAGCUUAUUGGUGGAUCUCAUCUAAGCUUCUCUGCCGAUCUCAAAUAUAGUCAGGGCUUCAUUGAUGUUCAUUCAUGAAGCCAACAGAAAUGACCGGAAUUUAUUCAUUCAUAAUUCGUGUCGGUGUUGUAAAUGGCUAAAGAAAAAGAAAAACAGAAAAAUGUGUCAUUUUUCAUUUUUUUUAAUCUCUCUUAAAGAAGAAAAGACAAGCUGACGCGUGUUCCGUGUGAACUCACAUACUUUAUCUUAAUUGUGAUUUCAACUAUAAAAGUAUGUUUUACUUAUGUGGUUAAUGAAGUUAAACUAAUGACAUGUUUUGUUCUGGUGUUGCAGGCUGGGGCGAAGCUGGAAAUGGGGGUAACAAGGGGGGGCCUCCAGUGUUUCGCCCAGGGCCUCGAACUGGCCUGGACCGCCUCUGCUGGAGACAGCGCGUUGAUUGAAAAGUAGAAACGCGCCUCAGAAGUUCAGUCGCGGGCGAAUCCAAACGGCAGUGUGACGUGAACACGCCAUUGUGGAUCCGACUGAUGACCGACCCGUGGCUCAUGAACCGGAUUCUUCCUGGGAAGCAUUUUUGACUGUCCUUCACUUUUUUUCACUUCCUUUUCUCUUCAAGCCGUUCAUAAUUGGUCAGUGGGUGUUUGGGGUGGGGUGUGGGGGGGUAGCGAGUGCGGGCUCCUCUCAGCUGAUGAUGACGUAGACAAAACGGUGAUCAAAUGUUGAGAACAAAUUCGUGAGGAUGACCCCCCCACAGGUAGAGAACAGCAUCCUCAGCUCGCCUGCACGAGGGGGGGGGGGGGUUGCAUGCUGCGCAAAGUCCGGUGAUUCCGGUAACUCCACCCGCAGCAGCCGCGCGCGCCUCCAGCAUCAGCGCGCGUGAGUGACGGGCUUCGAGGCGGAGGAGGAGAACCGCAUCACGGAGGAGCCGCGCGGACUGACAGGAGAACAUCCGUCUCCGCGGAGAAGCAACGUAAAAAUACGCCCCCCCUCCCCCUCCGUUACUGACAGCUCUGCGCCUCGCGCCAUCCGUCAGUCGGGAGGAUCUGAGGAGGGGGGCGCCGAGCUGGAGAGGACCGUCUGCCCUGUCCGGUUCGAUUGGAGCGACACCGAGCCGUGCGGGAGCCGUUGCCCCGCAGAUGCAGACGGCCGUGCGGGUUUCGGCGUGACUGAGGAGCCGGUUUACCGUCUUCUAACGCGAAAACCGACGCGGGAAAUCUGCGCGUCUUCGCUGGAUCCACGUUACCGGCAGGUGGAGGGGGUGGAGGAACUGCUGGAUCCCAGCGGGACCCUUAGAGCAGUAAGGACCCUUUAGACGAAAAAGGGUGCAUGGAGGGUUCAAGGGCUGCCAAACCCAGGUCGUCAGCCUGUCUGUGGUUGGGAUUGGUUUCCGUGACCGUAGCCUUCCUCAGUUCUGAGGCCCGGACUACCCCGAGCCCUGCCCUGAGCCCCGGAAAUGGCACCUGCAGGGGGAACUCAAAGUGUCAAACGGGGAUCAUCCUCCCCAUCUGGUAUCCAGAAGACCCCUCCAUGGGGGACAAGAUUGCCCGGGUCAUCGUCUACUUCGUGGCCAUGAUUUACAUGUUUCUCGGCGUGUCCAUCAUUGCUGAUCGGUUCAUGGCAGCAAUCGAGGUCAUCACCUCCCAGGAGAGAGAGAUCGUCAUCAAAAGGCCCAACGGGGAAACCACCACCACCACCAUUCGGGUGUGGAACGAAACGGUCUCCAACCUCACCCUCAUGGCCUUGGGCUCUUCCGCUCCUGAGAUCCUGCUCUCUGUGAUUGAGGUUUGUGGACACGGGUUCAAAUCCGGCCAGCUCGGACCCGCCACAAUCGUCGGCAGCGCAGCCUUCAAUAUGUUUGUCAUCAUUGGCCUUUGCGUGUCUGUCAUCCCUCAAGGAGAAGUGCGUAAGAUCAAGCACCUCAGAGUGUUCUUCGUCACUGCAGGGUGGAGCAUUUUCGCCUACAUUUGGCUCUACAUGAUCCUGGCUGUGUUCUCUCCCAAUGUAGUCCAGGUCUGGGAGGGGCUGGUCACGCUGGCCUUCUUCCCCAUCUGUGUGGUUCUAGCCUGGGUGGCAGACAGACGACUGCUCUUUUAUAAGUUCAUGCACAAGAAGUACCGCACCGACAAACACCGCGGCGUCAUCAUCGAGACGGAGACGGAGCGCUCCAAGGGGAUCGAGAUGGACGGCAAGAUGGUCAACUCCCAUUUCAUGGACGGCAGCGCGGCCAGCAACUUGAUAGGUCUGAUCGAGAACAAGGAGGUGGACGAAUCCCGACGCGACAUGAUCCGGAUCCUGAAAGACCUGAAGCAGAAACAUCCAGAGAAGGAGCUGGAUCAGCUGGUGGAGAUGGCCAACUACUACGCCCUCUCGCACCAACAGAAGAGCCGCGCCUUCUACCGCAUCCAGGCCACUCGCAUGAUGACGGGCGCCGGGAACAUCCUGAAGAAACACGUCGCAGAGCAGGCCAAGAAGAGCAUCAGUGUGCAGGAGGUGCACGUGGAGGAGCAGGAGGAGUACAUUUCCCGAAUCGCCUUUGAGCCUGCGGCGUAUCAGUGCCUGGAGAACUGCGGCGCCGUCAUCCUGAGCAUCACCAGGAACGGUGGAGACGUCAACUCCACCAUCUACGUGGAUUAUAAGACGGAGGACGGCUCGGCCAACGCCGGAGCCGAUUACGAGUUCACAGAAGGCACGGUCAUGUUCAAACCGGGAGAGACGGUCAAGGAGAUCAGCGUCGGCAUCAUCGACGACGACAUCUUUGAGGAGGACGAGCACUUCUUCGUGCGUCUCAGUAAUCUGCACGUGGUGGAGGCCGAGGACGAAGUGUUGUCCCCCAACAGCCUCCCGUACCCCACGGCGGUCCUGGGGUUCCCCUCUGUGGCCACCGUGACCAUCCUGGACGACGAUCACUCUGGCAUCUUCACCUUUGAGAGUGGCUCCCUUCACGUGAGCGAGAGCAUCGGGGUCAUGGAGGUCAAGGUCCUGAGGACGUCUGGCGCGAGGGGGACGGUGAUCGUGCCUUAUCGCAGCGUGGAAGGUCUUGCCAAAGGAGGAGGGGAGGACUUUGAAGACACCUACGGAGAACUGGAGUUCAAGAACGACGAGACCUGCAAAUUUAUUCACGUGAAAAUUAUUGACGAUGAGGAGUAUGAGAAAAACAAGAACUUCUUCCUGGAGCUGGCAGAGCCUCGAAUGGUAGACAUGAGCCUGCAAAAAGCCAUGCUGCUCUCUGGUGAUAUCCGGGACAGGAAGCUCACGUCAGACGAGGAGGAGGCCAAGCGGAUCGCAGAGCUGGGCAAACCUGUGCUGGGGGAGCACUUCAAGCUGGAAGUGAUUAUUGAGGAGUCCUAUGAGUUUAAGAGCACAGUGGACAAGCUGAUCAAGAAGACCAACCUGGCCCUGGUGGUGGGGACCAACUCCUGGAGGGAGCAGUUCAUGGAGGCCAUCACAGUCAGUGCAGAAGACGAGGAUGAGGACGACACGGGCGAAGAGCGGCUCCCCUCCUGCUUCGACUAUGUCAUGCACUUCCUGACUGUUUUUUGGAAAGUGCUGUUUGCCUGCGUUCCUCCCACCGACUACCUGAACGGCUGGGCCUGCUUCUUCGUCUCCAUCGUCAUCAUCGGCCUGCUCACGGCCGUCAUCGGCGACCUGGCGUCUCACUUCGGCUGCACCAUCGGCCUGAAGGACUCGGUCACCGCUGUGGUUUUUGUUGCUCUCGGCACGUCGGUCCCAGACACUUUUGCCAGCAAGGUGGCCGCCGUCCAGGACACCUACGCCGACGCCUCCAUCGGGAAUGUGACCGGCAGCAACGCCGUCAACGUCUUCCUGGGAAUAGGGAUGGCGUGGUCGGUGGCCGCCAUCUACUGGCAGAUGAAGGGGGAGCAGUUUGUGGUGGAGGCCGGCUCCCUGGCCUUCUCUGUCACUCUCUUCACCAUCUUUGCCUUCCUGGCCGUUUCGGUGCUGCUUUACCGGCGCCAGGCCCACAUCGGAGGAGAACUGGGGGGGCCGCGGGGACACAGACUGGCCACGUCCACCUUCCUCUUCAGCCUCUGGCUGCUUUACAUCCUCUUCUCCAGUCUGGAGGCCUACUGUCAUAUAGAGGGCUUCUAAGAGGAACUCCUCGUUGGGUUGGGGUCGGUCAGGAGCGCGGCAGAACCGGAGAGGGGGUCUCUCCCUCCCUCAACCCCUCCUGUGAGCAUGCUCAGAGGUGCGCGUCCCGUGCCAACGGCCGGAAUGCUCUCAACUGGGAUUGGGAACAUCGCUGAGUCCAAAGGACGCCGGAAGGCGGUCCUGCAAUCCACUGGGAGGAACUGCAGAGGGUAGAAUUAUUCUAUAUUUUUCUCAACAUCAGAGGAGAACAGCUUUUUAAAGAGAAGUAUUUUACAGAAAAAAAUAUACAAAACAAAGAACAAAAAAAAAUCACAAACUCUACGAAAGAAAAAGAACUAUUUUGUGAGCAAAAAGAGCGGCGCUGAUUAAUGUCUUGAUGGAUUCAUAGUAUUUAUUUUUUCCUAAGAAGCACGGAGGCCAUGAGGAGCGACGGAGUUCCCUCUGGAGCCGGUCAGGAGGAAGGUGUGGACACAACGAACACGGUCAAACUGCCCUGGACACGACUUACUUACUAAAAACCUAUCUAUAUAUGAUAGAUUCCCAUAUUUUCUGUAUAUUUUGGAUCUUUGUUUAAAUGUGGUCACCUUCUGCUCUGACAGCAGCAGAUUGCUGGAAGUCAAACUAUAUACGAUGUCUUCACCUUUCUAACAGCUCCAUAUCUGGCCUCGGUGUGACGUUUGUGUUCAAUUCUGUCAUGGAAAUGUCCGUCUCACUUUUCACCCUUUUCUGAUCAGAAACCAGAGAAGCUGGUGGAAGCCAGAGGUGAAUUCAGAGCUAUUUUUGUACUCUUCCUUCCACGCACUUUGCUGUACACUUCUACUUACAGAGACCUGCAAAGGCCCCACAGGGAGGUGGAGGGACGGGGCGAGCAGUGCCUGUUGAGGGAGAGCGCUCCGCCGCGGCGGGCGGUCCACGCCGACCACCUCUGCCUCAGAGUUUCCGUCCAAAACCAAACUUUGUGAAGCUGCUUUCAUCUGACUUCCUGUUAAGAGUCCAAAUUUAUAACUAAUCAUGAUGAAAAAUUACUAAAUGAUUAUGUGACGUAUUUUUAGCCACCCGAUUUUUACAAACUAUUUUUUUAAAUGGAACUCGACGGCCCACGCCGAUCAACUUCUGAUCUAUUUUCGAAGCGUUCCCAGUCGUCUUUUCACGAUGACGAUGAUGCCGUUUUUAGCCAAAAUAAAAAAAAGAACCUGUGUCGUUUUCUAGGACAUAGUUUCUGCAGAAACUCUGUGGCCCCGCCCAGCGUGUUUUCUAAUACGAUCUUUUUCAAACAACAUUUUUUCAUCUGCUCCUGAUUUGCAACAAUUCGAACAAACAAACACUCAGAGGUUCCUUUUCAAUAUUAACUUUCUUUAUAAAUGUCCUCCAUCAUGAGAAAAAGCCCGCAAAAUCAUAUCAAAAACUCAAUUUUCGUGGGCGUCGGUCUUUAAAGCCGCAGUCCGUGGGCUUCAGUGACACCUAGAGGUGAAUCAGCAGAUUGCAGCGCACUCGUGGAGGUAAAUUCAAAAGGAGGGAUUGCAAACGUUAGGAUAAUUAAGGUUUUUUUUUGUUAACUUAUAUAAGGGGACAAUUCCAUACCAUAAUUCAUUGGAUCAUCCACAUUCAAAAACAAUUUGGUGACAUUUUGGUGUGUUUUGUGACCAAUCUCCACUAAAGGUCUUAUUUUUUUUUGAUGUCUUGUUACAUAAUCCGUAUGUAGCCUUAAAAACUAUUUAGCAGUAGUGUGGAGUCAUUUUUUAACAUAAUUAUUUUAGGAUCUUUGUAUCCGAAUAAUAAUGUUUGCAGUGAAGCCAAUUAAAAAUCCUUUUAUACAGAUUAUAGGACUAGUUUCAUUAUUACGCUUCAAUUCAUGUUUAUCAAGCUUUCAAAAGAAAAACUGAGGUUUUUAAAAAAGAUAAACCAAAUAAAAAAAUGUGUCUUUUUUGAUGAAACAAUGACACUUUUUGAUUUCUUUCAAACUAGCCAAUCAGAGUCCUCGUAGCUGAUGUCUUCAUAGUUUUGAUCUGCUACUAUGGAUUCGUUUUAAAAGGAUUUCUGUCUUGAAAUGGAGCUGGUUGCUGCAUCUGAAUCCUGGUCAGUUUGGGCUGAAACUCUGCGGCAGCAUCAAAGGCUGCUGAGCUUCAUCUGAAUGCUGUUCAUCAACACCUACUUUACUUUGAAACAAGGGAAGGGGGGCGGGGUCGUAGCCCACCCGAGUGGCAGAAAUGUGUCUGUGUGCGUCAUAGAUAAAUCACCUGAAAUAUUACCAAAGAGACGGGAGGAAAAAAAUAAAUGCAAGAUUUUAAAGUUUUAAAAGAUUUUUUUAGGAAAUGGAAAAAAGCAGGAGGGCUGCAGUGUCACCGUAUCUCCACUAGAGGGGGUUUCUCUUUUUCUCCUCCAUGUUCUUCCUGUGUCUUCAUGUGGGGGGGGGGGGGGGGGUGUUGAGCUGGGUGGUGUUUGAAGACAUGAAGCUUUGCUCUGAGGGGGGAGUCCACUGCUGCACAGCCGCACAGACACAGUCUACAGAUCCCGCAUCCUUAACUCCACGUCUGCAGGUCGUCUGAACACGGAAAAUGUGUUUGUUUGUUUUUUUAAUUUCUUCUUAUGUGUGUGGGGGGGGGGGUCACCUGCAACAGGAAUUCAUGCAAACACUUAAAGAUGCAACUUCUUUGUUUGAUCUUUGCCUUCAGUAGCGUCUGAUUGGUGGAUUUGAUUUGUGCUGGAACACCUGAUAGUGUCAAAGAUGUCAGUCUUCACCCCCUGAGGUUGAAAACCGGAUCCUCUAAGUGGAUCCUCUAAGCAGAUCAUCAAACUGGAUCCUCUAAGCAGAUCAUCAAACUGGAUCCUCUAAGCGGAUCCUCUAAACAGAUCCUCAAUCCGGAUCCUAUUACUGAAUCUUCAAACCGGAUCCUCUAAGCGGAUUCUCAAAGCAGAUCCUCAAAGUGGAACCUUUAAGCAGAUCCUUAAAGUGGAUCCUCAAACCGGAUCCUCUAAGCGGAUUCUCAAAGCAGAUCCUCAAAGUGGAACCUUUAAGCAGAUCCUUAAAGUGGAUCCUCAAACCGGAUCCUCUAAGCAGAUCCUCAAACUGGAUCCUCUAAGCGGAUCCUCUAAACAGAUCCUCAAUCCGGAUCCUAUAAGUGAAUCUUCAAACCGGAUCCUCUAAGUGGAUCAUCAUACUGGAUCCUCUAAGCAGAUCCUGACUUUCCUCCUUCUGGAGUCUAGAGGAAGUUUGGCUGAUCAGAAACACAAUUAAAAUCAAAAUUGUCACUCUGUAAACAUAAAUCCUGACGUACAUUUUUAGUGCUAUAAGUCACAUCUCUCUUUUUGCAAACAAACUGAAACUAGAUUUUGGUCAAUCUUACAAUCAAAUAUGUGAGGAAUUAUGAUUAUUUUUCAAUCACUAUGUUUGAUCUGAUCUGCAGUCAGCUGACCUGGUUUAGGGACAUUUGUUUUCAAACUUCUUCUUUCUGAGCGUCUUCACUGAAAACAUUUUCAUUUUCUGCUUUGUUGCUUCUGUAGGGAAACUUCUUUGACGCGUCUGUGACAGCCGCCUAUUAGAAACUCACUUCUGGUUCAUCUCCAAGGAAUCUUGAAAAUCACUAAACUACCUGAAGUUUCUUCUUCCUCAAAAUGUGAAAAGAUAGAAAUAUGAACAUUCAUGGAUUUUGGUGAGGAGGGAUUUUCUUCAAUGUCACUCGUUAGUUUUAGAAAUAUUUCCUUUCCAGGCAUUUUAGGAAGACGAUUCCUUUUCUGGGUGAAUAAUUCUGAAUAAAUAAACCAGAAUAUUCUAAUCUCGUGUGUUUAAACUUCCAGCCUGCAGAGAUGAAACCUGCUCCUUUUAAAAUAAGUUAGGAACAGAAGAAAAGAUGUUUUAAAACCUUUUUUUUUCUUUCUUUCUGUGAUGAGAAUGUGGUUUAAAUUCACACACGUCCUGCACCGAAUGAAAAGAGGGGACUGUUCAUUCUGAUUGCUUAAUAUGUUGACUGUUUUUUACUCACUGCACUGAAUUCUGUUUUUAUUUCAGGGAGUUUUGCAUGGAGUUUUUGACCUUAAUUUAAUGUUUUCUUAUGUUUUGUUAAUUUUGUCUUUUGAGGUGGGUCAACAGUUAAAUAAAAGACACAGAAAAGGAAAUGAAUUCAUGCAGUUUUUGCUGUCUGGAUCAUCAGAAGUGACAUAAUUGACCUUAAAAUAAAUAUUAUACGCAGAUCUAAGUAUUGGAGCAGGACUGAAAUCCUAAACUGAGACACAAACAUUCAUAUUGAAACAAAAUAAGAUAAGUUUGUUUCCCAAAGCUCUGAGCAACUACGUUUAUUAUUUAUAUUUUUAUUUCUUUGUUUAUUUGUAAUGGUGUAAAUGGUGGGAGGAGUCAUCUUUGGUCGAAAUCCUCAUUUUUGAGUAAAGAAAACAGAUCUGCUGAGAAACUGAAACUUUCUGUUCUUUUUAGCAAAUUCAAACUUGGAAAGAACCUUUAAAGGAUUAUCCAUCCAUCCAUCCAUCCAUCCAUCCAUCAUCCAUCCAUCCAUCCAUCCAUCAUCCAUCCAUCAUCCAUCCAUCCAUCCAUCCAUCCAUCCAUUCAUCCAUCAAUGCAGACAUCCAUCUUCUUCUAUUCAUCUGGAUCCGGGUCACAGGAGCAUCCUGGCUUUUUUAAAGGAUGAUUAGCAGCUUAAAUUUUCACCUUUAUCAUC